AUGUAGACUCUCAUUUCUAUUGAUGACGUCACAUACAGGAACCGGCGUUUUACAGAAACAUGCGCUGAUCACACGUCCGUCAUCUUUCCCAAUCAACAGACCAAUACAUUCAAGAUGUUUCAAUCACUAAUUGAUACUGCCAAGCGCAACCACUUCUCAAGUCCAUUUCUGUCUACCGCAAGGUGCGAGCCCUCUGCAGAGAACAGUGUAGAAUCAAGAAUACCCGAAGUUACACAUCCUUCCAGUUCCACAAGAAAUCUGGUUGCUGCGUCGUCAGAAGAUAUCAGCUGUGAAUAUGGGUCGGCGAAAUACUAUGCUCUAUGUGGAUUUGGUGGUGUUUUAAGUUGUGGACUCACACAUACAGCUGUUGUACCUCUAGAUCUUGUCAAAUGUAGAAUUCAGGUUGAUCCAACCAAAUAUAAGAGCAUCUUCAAUGGCUUCAGGGUGACGGUAGCAGAAGAAGGUGUACGUGCUCUGGCCAAGGGAUGGGCACCCACCUUCAUUGGCUACUCAAUGCAGGGUCUCUGCAAGUUUGGAUUCUAUGAGGUUUUCAAGUCCCUCUAUGGCAACAUGCUCGGCGAGGAAAACGCCUUCAUGUACAGGACGUCAUUGUACCUUGCAGCCAGUGCUAGCGCCGAGUUCUUUGCUGAUAUUGCAUUGUCUCCCAUGGAGGCUGCUAAGGUUAGGAUCCAGACCAUGCCUGGAUUCGCAAACACUUUAAGAGAAGCAGCACCAAAGAUCUAUGGCCAAGAGGGUCUCAAUGGUUUCUACAAGGGACUUCCCCCUCUUUGGAUGAGGCAGAUCCCAUACACCAUGAUGAAGUUUGCCUGUUUUGAACGUACUGUGGAAGCCCUCUACAAGUAUGCGGUUCCUAAGCCACGCAGUGACUGCACCAAAGGAGAGCAGUUGGUUGUCACCUUCCUCGCUGGUUACAUUGCUGGUGUAUUCUGUGCUGUCGUAUCCCACCCUGCUGACACCGUCGUUUCCAAGCUGAACCAAGACAGGGGAAGCACUGCCAUUGAGGCUGCAAAGAAACUCGGCAUGGCUGGUUUAUGGAAGGGCUUGGCGCCACGUAUCAUCAUGAUCGGUACCCUGACCGCCCUGCAGUGGUUCAUCUACGACUCUGUCAAGGUCUUCUUCCGUAUGCCCCGCCCACCCCCACCAGAGAUGCCUGCUAGCCUCAAGGCCAAGCUUGAUGCCAAGAAUCAAUAAACAGAUAUCAUAUGGACCAUCCUCAAACAAAAUAGCAUUAAGUAAUACAAAUUUACCGAAUAUGUUUAGGAGGCAUACUAUCUUAUUGGAACACUAACUUGUUAUAUUUCUGUCUGGUUUAGUACCAUUUAAAACUAAAAAAAUCCUUGUCAUUUGUUAAUAACAAAAUAUACUAUUGAAAACAAAAAGCAAUAUCAUCAGGUUUAAGUAUUGCUCAACAUUUAUUUUGAAAAAGGACGAUUUUUAAAGUGAUAUCACGUUAUACAAUAUGAAAGGGAAAAAAUAUAAUAUAUAUAUGUAUUACUUGUAUAUCAUGGGUAUUAUGACUAUAAUAUUGGGUGUUAUCAUCCACGGGUAUUUGGAUGAGUACACCUAAUAUUAAAUAAAGACAAGGUCUUAUAUCACAUUUAUGCAUAUUGUGAGACAUUCUAUGUGAUGAAUAAAUGGCAUCAUGCAUUUUCACGAUCUCUAGUAAACUUCUACAUGUAUUCAUAUGAUCACUUUGUAUUUAUCAUCAGCUCAUAGGAUGGAUAUUAUUCUUAGAUAUUAGAAUGAAUAAUUGAUUUGAUCACAUUUUACAUAAUCUUGCAACAUUUAGCUGAAAUCAAACUUGAUAACAGUAGAUUGAUUCAAUAAGAAUUAAUAUUCCUACAAUCAAAAGGAAAGCGAAAGUGUGCCCGUGUGGGGCACUUUUUUAAUGUAGAAUAAACCAGAAAAUGUCUGUCUAUUUUUAUAGAGAAUGUUAUAUAAAGACCCAGAAAGAGUUUUGUGAAAUAUGCUUAAAAUACCACAAAUUGUCUUGUAUUGCUGUGAAUACCCAUGAAAUGCUAGUUAUUCCACAAGAAGACAAGACUAGUGUGAUAGUAAGGAGAGAAAGAAAUUAAAUUUUGCUUAUAAUGAUCUUUGUGAUAAUUGUGUAAUUUGCAGUGGUGAUGAUAGUGAAUGUUUGAACCUCUCUGCACAAUCUGUGGAACAGUGAAUGUGUGUCUGUCUGAAAAUAUGCAUAAAUAAAUCGACCACAUGGUCAUUCUUGAAGAACCAUA